UUGUUGACACUAUUUAUGAAUAUAUGACAAUGCAUAUUUAUUUCAAAGUUAGGAUCUCGAUAAUGACAAUAAUAUACCAGAAAGUUUUAACAUUAAAUUCCGUUUCCCUAUCACGGUUCACUACUGGUGAACUUGUCAAUUUUCUCGGCGCCGACACAGACAGAAUGGUAUUCUUUUAUGUCUAUUUCCAUAAGCUAUGGAUUAUUCCUACUCAAAUCAUUAUAUGUAUGUGUGUCCUUUAUCACCUUGUGGGAGUGGCAUUCCUUGGAGGAUUGGUAGUCACUUUUGUACUUGUCGUCAUAAUCAGGAAAAUAUCAGCAAAGCAGAUAACGCUCUGCAAGACACUUAUGGAACAAAAGGAUAGGAGACUGAGGUUGAUGAAUGAAGUGUUGGGAGGAAUAAAAAACAUCAAGUUCUACACUUGGGAAGAACACUUUCGGGAGGCGAUCGACAAAUUGCGUAAAGCGGAACUACAAACCAUGAGACAGAAAAAGAUUCUUGACGCCAUUGUAGGAUAUCUGACGACUUUGACCCCAACAUUAAUGACCCUUUUGACCUUCAGCGCCUACUCCAUACUGGGAAACACGCUUACGGCAUCAAAGAUGUUUACCAGUCUUGCUGUGUUUCUGAAACUCAUUGAAUCACUGGAUAAACUCACAAGGGUGAUUAAUGGAAUUAUAGAGGCAACUAUCUCCCUUGAAAGGCUUGAGAAAUUUGUAGCGAUGGAGGAUAUUGAUCCCAACAACUACUACAAAGCAAUGAAAGAUUCCAGCGUCAGCAAUAUAAUAUCGGUGAAAGGUGGAGAAUUCAGCUGGGGUAGGGAAAAUCAGAACAUAAAUGAGUCCUUAAAAUGUGAUAAUAACAAUCUGGAACCAGAGAAGAAAGCUAUUGAAUCAGGAACCCUAAGUCUACAAAAUAUAACAAUAAAUAUCAAAAAAGGCCAGUUCAUAGGAGUGAUCGGUAAAGUAGGUGCAGGUAAAAGUUCCUUCCUACACGCUGUGAUGGCCGAGAUGGUUAGAGAGGACGGACGUAUUUCUGUAUCCAACCUCGAUCAAGGAUUUGCCCUGGCGAGUCAGGAACCAUGGAUACAGCAGGCAACUAUACGAGAAAACGUCCUGUUUGGCAGUCCAUUUAACUAUAAGAAAUAUACUGAGAUUUUAGAUGCGGUAUCAUUAUACAAAGAUAUACAGAUGUUACCAGCAGGGGACAGGACGGAAGUUGGUGAAAAUGGUGUUACUUUGAGUGGAGGUCAAAAAUCUAGGCUAGCCCUCGCUAGAGCAAUAUAUCAGGAUAAGGAUGUGUAUCUCCUCGAUGAUCCUCUAGCUGCAGUGGAUGGUCACGUCGCACACUGUAUAUAUAAAAAGUGCAUCAUGGGAUUACUCCAGAAUAAGACCAGAAUCCUUUGCACACAUCACACCAAAUUCCUGAGAAAAUCAGAUAUGGUCGUUGUUCUGGACGAUGGAGGUAUUUCUAAAGUUGGUCUUUCAUCAGAAAUUCUUAAUGACACAAUACUUGAACAUCAACCAUCCUCACACAAAACUGAAUCUGAACACCAUUGCAUUGACGACAACGACUAUGACGGAAGCCUGGGAGAGGAAGUGAGAGCUACUGGAGAAAUAAAGACACGCGUGUACAAGGCCUUCUUUGCAGCGCUGGGUAAAUGGCUACCUAUAGCCAUGGUCCUGUCUGUUGUCUUUAAGGAAGCUUUGGAGAAGAUUAACGACUGGUUCUUAACUCAUUGGGUAACCGGAUUGACCAUGACCGACAACAGCACCUCCGUUUCCGGGCAUCUCUGUUUCCAUGACAACACGUCUUCACCGACUAGAUUAGAUCCAGUAUUUGGUUUGAAUUACGACGGUGGCAGUUUGGUGGUCAAUCAUAGCAGUGUUAUCUACUACAUAACGAUAUACGGGAUCUUAGGAUCACUUUACUCUCUCUUCUCCUUAGCAAAAGAAAUCCUUGUCGCAUACGGAGGUAUACGUAUGGCUAAGACUAUGCAUAGCCAACUACUUACUUCUAUACUUAAGGCGCCAAUGUCAUUCUUCGAUGUGACUCCAAUAGGCCGGAUUCUCAAUAGAUUUUCUUCAGACAUUGGAACCAUCGACGACAAUCUUGGAUAUUUGAUAAAUAUGGUUUUAUGCAAGCUGUUUGGAAUAAUUGGAAUUGUAAUCAUCGCGAGUUAUAGUAUGCCUUGGUUUAUCCUAGUUUUGAUCCCUGUUGCAGCGGUAUAUUACCACGUGCAGGAUAUAUACCGUCAUACGUCCCGCGAGGUCAGACGAAUUUCAAGCCUUAAACGUUCUCCGAUCUUUUCACAAUUCUCGGAGACUUUAUCAGGAGUGGUUACGAUACGAGCCUUCCGUGACACUAAAAGAUUUAAAGACCAGCACUUUCAGUGUAUGGAAAAAUGGUUGGAGGCUCGUUAUACAGGCCAUAAUAUCGGUAAUUGGUUAUGGAUACAGUCACAGACUAUUGUUAACGUCAUGGUUACGGGGAUAGCCUUUCUAGCAGUACUGGAACACAGUAUCCAUGGUAUCGACCCAAGUAUUGUUGGACUAGCCAUUUCAUACAUUCUCUCACUGACUAACCUUUUGGACGAUCUCGCCUGCCGUUUGGCAGAGACCCAGAAAGAUAUAGUGAGCGUAGAAAGAAUACAGCAAUAUGUAGAGGACAUCCCAAGUGAAAAGUGGGAAGGUACACAGUCGCCUCCUUCAUGGCCUACUGCUGGUGUGGUCAGCUACCGUGACGUCUACAUGAAGUAUCGGGAUGGUCUGCCAAACGCCCUGAAGGGUCUUUCGUUCUGCACACGACACGCAGAAAAGCUGGGAAUUGUGGGGCGGACUGGUUCUGGGAAGUCUAGUCUCUUCCAGACACUGUUCCGUACUGUAGAGAUAAGAUCUGGGGACAUCACCAUUGAUGGGUUGAACACAAAACAACUGGAUCUCAAAGACGUCAGACGCCACCUCGCUGUUAUUCCUCAGGACCCAUUCCUCUUCAGUGGUACAGUGAGGGAGAACCUUGACCCAACCUCGUGUUACAGUGAUGAGGAACUUUGGGGAGUCCUAUAUAAAUGUCACCUCCGUCAGCCAGUCAAUAGACUCGGGGGACUCGAGGGACAAGUGUCCGAAAAAGGGAGACAUUUCUCUGUGGGACAAAGACAACUCAUGUGUCUGGCUAGGGCACUCCUCACCAAAGCCAAGGUGUUGUGUAUUGAUGAGGCCACAGCCAGUGUAGACUUGGAGACAGACAUGUUGAUACAGGUGACAAUCCGCCAGGAGUUUGAGGACAGUACAGUGCUAACCAUUGCCCAUCGUAUCAACACCAUAAUGGACAGCGACCGAGUGUUAGUGAUGGACCAGGGUCGGGUGGUCGAAUUGGAUUCCCCAGAAAAUCUUCUUAAGAACUCCCAGUCGGCUUUCUACAAGCUUGUACAUGGAGAAUCAUACAGACAUCCGUGAUCACGAAACUAUCCACACUAAUAUUGUUAUGUUUGAUAUAUGUUAUUUUUUACAUAUAUAUGUACGUUCUAAAUAAAGUAUUUCGUCUGAUUUUGA